AUGGGAGACCUAGGUGGCAAGGCAAGGACAUUAAGGUCUCAACUACAACAAGCAUGGCCAAGCAUCCGCAAGGAUUUGCCAGAUGAUCGACUUUGGCAACACGAAUGGAAUAAACAUGGCAUUUGUUCACUGAGGAGAAUGAACAAAUCGGACUAUUUCCAAGCCGUUAUAAGGGAAACGGGACGAAUUAGUUUGUUGAGCAUCCUACAAAGUGUCCAUAUUGUUGCUGGCUCUCAUAUUGCUUACACCAAGAACCAAUUUGACACUGCAAUGAGAAACUCAAUUGGAACAGAUAUAUAUGUUUCAUGUGCGUCCUUGGACAACACUCAUGUUCUGUUAAAAGAACUUUACAUUUGUUUGGAUUCCACCGCAACAAGCUACAUAAACUGUCCAAAAACGUAA